AUGAAUUUUGCUGCUGGCUCUGCCCCAUAUCCCUCCAGCCUUGCCGCCACGCACUCCACCGCGCCCUCGUUGCAAGCUUGGCAGGUACACGCGCUUGAGGAUGGGCUGCUGCUCCUUGGAGACGGCCUGGACGUUCGCGAAGAGCGGGCCGAGCGUGCUCUGGCGCCGCAGGAUGUGGCCCGUGGUGUAUUUGUUCCAGUCGAUGCGUUUGUCUGCGGGCGUUAUUUUCGCCGCGUACGAGUAGCUUUCCUGGGGGACAAUCGACGGGUAGUUCUGCGGCUCGUACAGACCGGUGUCCAAAACGUUUCUCAGCAGCCUGCCGCCGGCAUCGGCCAGUUUCUCGCACAGAGAGUCGAAGGUCUCUGUUUCGGCGAUGUCUUGCCUUUCCUGCGCCAGAAUGCGACCACGGUCAAACCUCUUCUUAUCGAGCGUCUGCAGGGAAACCCCGGUGUAGUUCUGGUGGCUGAGCAGUGCGCGUUGCAGAGGGGCUGGCCCGGAGAACGCUGGCAGCAGCGACGGGUGCACGUUGAGACCCGGGUACUUGAGCGAUUCGAGGAAGGAGGCCGGUAUCAGCAGCCCAAAGGACACAGCCACGCAGAUGUCGAACUGGCCCCUCAGCCGGUCGAAGUCUGCGCGUUCGUCGGCGCGCACAAGCGGCAGACCUGUCUGGCUGGCGUAUCCCACGAUGAGCGGUUCCCUGUAUUGUCUGAGCCCGCGGCCGCUCAGUUUGGCCGUCCGUGCAACCACGGUGAUAGCGUCGGCGUACUUCGGAAGCAGGUGCGUCAGACACCGGAUCGAAAACUUGUCUGA